AUGGAGCUGCAAGUUGAGCGCACCUGGUUUCAAACCACUUCCGCUCGCAACUUACAUUUCCAACGCUUUGGGUUUGCCUGGGAAAAGAGUAUAUCAAAUAAUCUAGCAAAAUCCUGUGCUGAUGGAUUCGAGCGGCUCCGACGUCUGCGGACUCGACAUCAAUACAGGCAUCAGGGAAGGGUAGUCGGGCUGGGUUAUUCCUGUGAACUACCACGGUCCCUUCUCCAAGGCAGUAAAACCAAUGGCCCCGACUUCCCGGGGGAGAAGGCUUAUUUUCCUGCAUUGUCUGACUCCCGAAGUGCUGAUCAAGGGAACGACCGCGAUUAUCACCGGGACAUAAUCUUCGAGAAAGUGCGACACGAAUUUGGCAGUAAUAGGGUAGUCCUGGUGCUCGACAAUGCUCCGUAUCAUUCCAAACGGUUGGAUCGAAUACCGACGUCAGUGGACAAGAAAGACGCAAUGGUGGCAUUCCUGAAACAACAGAAAAUCGCCAUUGAUUUCACGUGGUCGAAGAAGUUGUUGUUGCAGUCAGUCCGUCACCACACCGCUGGGAGAGAAGAAGAGUAUCAAACGUACGUUGACGACAAAAUUGCGCAUGACAGGAAGUUUUGGGCGAUAGAGCUCUUCUGGGGUUGGCUGGAAAACGAGGUCACGAAGGAGCAAUGCAAACUGGUUGAGAAGUUUAUAUAUGCUCGCGACAUUAAACCUUUCCAACCUGCAGCUGCUGCAGAAGCAGGAUGCCAGCUUGGUGGUCACAGCGAUUUUGAAACCUCCGCGACGGAUGACGAGGAGCAGGCAGCGCAUAUUAGGAAAAAUAUUUGUAAAUAUUGUUUCAUUUGUAGUUAUUAUUUAAUUUGUAAAUACUGUUCUUUUGUAAAUAUCAUUAAAGUUCUAUGUAUAAUAAAAUGA